CCGCGUUGUCCAUCUGCUCACACCAGCCAUGCGAUCCGCUGCGACUCGAAAUAUCUUGUUCGCCUGCUAUAAUCAUUCCCCAACCCCGUCAUCUGGUGGCUGUGUCACGACACGCGACAGCCGUAGCAUUCGCAGGGGGAGUCGCAGUUCGCGGUAGAAAUAAGAGAGCAAGAGCACGAGCUCGCUAGGUCUCGGUCUGGGCCACGGCGCAAUCGAAGCAUGUCUCUGUCGAACGUCUCCGCUCGUUGUCGAUGUCUACUCGCCCGUCGCCUACGGGCCCUGCGACCCUUCUCGACUACGUCUCCUCGUCGCGAGCUUCUCGAUGUUUCAGCUCUCCCCGACCGCAUCCUGCCCAAGUACAAGGAGAAUUCGGCGUCGUCGCUCCUGUCUUUGCAAUGGCCGGAGCCCCCGAGGAACAUUUUGAUCAUCCCCAAACUCCAUGACCCCAAGGUGGCCCUGUCCGCUCGCUCCUUCGCGAGCCACAUCCAUAGCGAGUACCCCAACCUCAACCUGGUCUUCGAACGCCGUGUCGCCUCGUCCAUACAGGAGUCGUUACCUUUCCCCAUCUACACCACCUCAGACCCGGGUCAGUUCCCAGCCAAGAUCGACCUUGUGACCACCCUCGGCGGCGAUGGCACCAUAUUGCGCGCUGCUAGUCUCUUCAGCCUUCACACGUCUGUGCCGCCGAUAUUGUCCUUUAGCAUGGGGUCGCUCGGUUUCCUCGGCGAGUGGAAAUUUGAAGAAUACAAGCGCGCCUGGCGGGAGGUGUACAUGAGCGGCAGUUGUGUUCCUGUUUCGGACUUGCAAGACCCCCAUACGCAGGUCGCUGCCAAAGGCCGGGCGGACGACAACGAUGGCUGCCUUCACCACAACUGGGAGGGUGUGCGCGGGAAGAGCAUGGGGCUCACCCGUUCAAGCAAGAUCCUCCUGCGUCACCGGCUGAAAGUCGGGGUCUAUGAUGCUGCGGGCGUCAACAUCAGCGAGCAGCUGAUGCCGACCUCGACCACCGAACCGCAGUUGCGGAUCCCGCCAAUUCCCCCGGGCUCGGAGCCCGCUUCGGAGGAAGCGGGAGGGCGACCCGCGCCCCGGCCCUUCCACGCCGUCAACGAGCUGGUCAUCCACCGCGGCCCGAACCCGCAUCUGGCCAUCAUCGACGUCUACGUCAAUAACCACUUUCUCACCGAAGCCGUGGCCGACGGGAUCCUGGUAAGCACGCCCACCGGCUCUACCGCCUACUCGCUGUCUGCUGGGGGCAGCAUCAUGCACCCCUUGGUGAAGACGCUGCUCAUCACCCCGAUCUGCGCCCGCAGCCUCAGCUUCCGGCCUCUCGGCCUGCCCCUCAACACCAAGGUCUCCCUCAAACUGAGCAAGAAGAAUCGCGGGCGCGAGCUCGAAGUCAGCAUCGACGGGAAGCGGAGGGCCGGCGUGAAGAUCGGGGUGGAGAUCCGUGUCGAGGGCGAGACCGUCGGCCGCACCCCCGACGGCACCUGGGGAGGAGGGGUGCCCUGCGUCAUUCGCUCUCCCGGCAAGGGCGGCGGCGACCGGAGCGGGAUCGCCGAGGACGACGACGGCUGGGUUGGGGGACUCAUCGGUCUCCUCAAGUUCAACUACCCGUUCGGCGAGGGGCAGUGAAUACAGUC